CUUCCAUCUUUCCGCAAGAACGAGCGACCUCAUUCAGCGCUCGGUAUAUAUAUAAAUACAGACUGCCAGCAUGGCACCAAUACGGCGAUAUCUCAGAAUCACCAAGUACUCAGUCUUGGAAUGCCGCAUCUACCUGGACAAUCCCGCACUGGCUCAGUCUUGGCUGCUCAACCCGCGGGAUCCUGUCCUCCCCAAGGUCAUUGAGAGCGUGCGGCCGCUGGUCCUGCCCAAGCUGCGCGAGGAACAGGAGCGCGAGCGGAGCAGGAAGAAGAACAAGAAACGGAGUAUCAAGGACGUGGUCGUCCAAGAUGACUUUGAGGUGUCCAUCUUUCUCACCGAGACCGACACACGGCACUCGCUGCUGUACAAGAGGAAGCUGUUCCGUGAUAAGAUCCAGACCAGGCUCACCUCCAACUCGUCCAAGCUGAUGGGCGCAUCCCGUGAUGUGCCCAUCGACGUGGAGGACCAGUUCCCGCAGGGUGCUGCUGCUGUCCCCAACCUCCGCCAGGAGGAGGACGAUCAGGACGCCAUUGACCUGGCGGAUAUCCCGCUGGCAAAUGAGGCAGCCGCGAACGACGUGGAGGUCACCACCCGGAGACCCAAGCGACGACGACGCCGCGGCGGCGGGGCCGGGGAAGGCACCCGCGAAGGGAGCGAUGCGAGUGACGGGGAGAUGGUGGUGGUGGGCGACUCGGACUUCUCAGCCGACGAGCUGCCUGAGGGCAGCAGGGAAAGCGAAGAGAGCGCCUACGACGAAGACGAAGACUCCGCCGCUGACCGACGGCCACCCAAGCGCCGCAAGGAGAAGGCGGCCGCGCUGGGUGGCGACACGGCAGAACGGGACGAUAAGAAGAAGUUGGCCAUGGACAUCUCGUACGAAGGCUUUGCCAUCUACGGCCGCGUGCUGUGCCUCGUUGUCAAGAGGCGUGGCGACGGCGCGGCCAAGGGCGGCACCUCGGCCGUCUCGUCCGGCAACAGGGCCCUACCUAGCCGACCUGGGGGCCAGGCCAUGAUGGAGAACUGGAUCGCGUCGACCCAGGCCCCCGAUGCGGCCGCUGAGGAGGAUACGGACACUUUGUGAGCGAGCGGCUAUCAGGUGCAGCUAUACUAGGGGGUCGCCGAGUGUACAGCGCACAUUGAACCGCUGUGUUCAUGAACAUGCAAUGGUAUCGGCCGGGGAUCAUCACCAUCCGGUCCCUUGGCUUGUUUACGCCCAAAAGGAAAAUGGCCUUGAUCAACGAAAGCUUCGAUGUCGUCAAACAGGGAAGAGCGCAGUUCUACCCCGCAAACCUGUUUCAGUUGUUUGCCCGCGAAAACCAGCCAGGCGCGCGAGAUGCGAGAGAGCCGAGCAGGGCCCCUCGGGU